CUAACCAAAGCCUGCGGUCAACUGUCAAAAUGGCAAAGCUGUGGCACGUCCUGCUCCUGUGUUGGGCAUGGAGUCCCUUGUGCCUUCCUUCCAGUGUGAGCUUCAUUGGUACACCACAGGAGUGUGAAAAGGCUCACUUUGUCCCUGGUUACAACUUGGGUGGUGAAGGCUUUGACAUUGUGACGAUGGAGAGAAAAGGUGCCUAUGUGAUCGACACUGAAACAUGGAAGAUUGGAAAUGGUAACUGUAGGAUGUACCGUAACCGUUACAUGAAUGGCGAGAAACAGAAGGUCCCUGUUGCUGUGGUGGACUGGAGAACCCUGCCCAAGUGCAGUUUGAAGGUCUCCAGUGUGGUCUAUGAUUCUGUUGAAACUCUUGUCAGUGACUCGACAUCAUCUGUAUCCAACAACUGGACAAUUGGCCUUGAUGUCCCAGUAGAUCCUUCAGCAAAGGUUGGGGUUGGCUUUGGAGGUUCUCACUCAAGAGAUUCCACCUUUGCCAUGAAAAAGUCAAAACAAGACCGCUACACCUUCUUACACCAUUCGAUCAACUGUAAAUUCUAUGGCUACAGACUGGCAACAAGUCCUCCUUUGAGUCAAGAAUUUAAGUCGGCUUUGGAUAUUCCCCCUUAUUCCUCUAAAACUGCGCCAUUAUAUCACAAUCUGAUUGACACUUAUGGAACACAUUACAUCACACAAGUGUCUCUUGGAGGUGAAAUUAAAGCAACCACUGCUGUCAAGACCUGCAUGGCUACAAUGAAUGGACUAACAGAUACUGAUGUUAGUGACUGUUUGUCAGUUGAAGCUUCAGCUUCUUUUGCAAAUUCUGCCAGUAUUAAUGCCACAAUUGACCACUGUCAGAGAAAGAAAAACAAGUUGGGGUCUAAUCAAAGUUUCAGCAGUUCAUUUAAUGAGCGGCGCACAGAGGUCAUUGGUGGAGAUAUUGAUGGAGGUGAUAUCCUCUUUGCAGGCCAAUCUGACCCCUCGGCCUAUAAAAACUGGCUCAUUUCUCUUAAAAGUAUCCCUGAUGUGGUCCAAUACAACUUAAAACCCCUACACACCAUACUGCCAUUAAAUCAUCCUGCCAGGGCGGGACUGAAGCAACAAGUGGAGCAGUACAUUAAGAAAAAUGCAGUGCUGAAGAAAUGUUCAGAAACCUGUAAGAUUGGGCACCGAUCAAACGCAAGAGAUCCUUGUGCUUGUGUCUGCAACAGUAACCAGAACAUCAAGUCAAACUGCUGUCCUGCUGGGAAAGGUCUGGCAACCUUAAAGGUGUUCAAACUUUAUGCAAAGGGUCUGUAUGGUGACAAGUGGACUGAGACAGAUGGUUCAGUGGAGGUGACAUAUGGUGAUCAGAAAAAGCGCACUGAUAUUAUAAGUAAUGAUGACAACCCUAGAUGGAGAGAAACAUUUGAGUUUGGAACCAUCACCAUCAACAUGAAAAACAAACUUAAAUUUUCUGUGUAUGAUGAGGACACUUACUGGAACAGUGAUCUGUUAGGCGAGUGUUCAUUUGAUCUGCGAGCAGGGAAGGUGAGCGGCAGCUGCAUGCUGAAUCAUGGGACCUUCUUCUUUUCCUACAUCGUAGAGUGUGCACCAAGUCUUAGUGGGAACCAGUGUCAGGAGUAUAUCCCCUCGGCCAUGAGUCCGUCUUUGGCUGAGGUUUUCCACACCAGAAAUGGGGUUCUUCUUGGAAAGAUUGGGAAUAAGUAUGAGAAGCCAGUAAAUGAGUGA